AUGACGCUUAACGUUUACAUCGCUUCUAUCACGGCCAAUACCGAGGUGCGCAAACAGGUGCAGAAAGUUUUAAUGGUACUUGAUGGAUUAGGUGUUCCUUUUAAAGCGAUUGAUAUAACAUUACGGGGUAACGAACAAUAUCGAGAUUUCAUGCGUCAAAACGCUCUAAAUGAGCGCUGCGAUGGAAUUCCUUUGCCGCCUCAGUUUUUCGCUGAUGACGAAUAUUUGGGAAAUUAUAUGGAUUUUGAAGAAGCAGUCGAAGAUAAUCAGUUACCAGAAUUUCUUCGUUUGAUACCUUCAUCAGCGGAGGAUGUGGACGAUGAUGAAGGGGAAGAUGAGGAAGAUGAAGAAGAGGGUACGAGCGAAGGUGAAAUGUCUGAGAAAUACGACGCUAAUAAUGAUGAAGAAGAGGAUGAGCAAGAAGGGGAUGAGGAGGGACAGGUUGAUGAGCAGUCGGAGAAUGAUAAAGGAGAUGUAUCAAGUGGUUUAGGCAGUUCAAGUAAUGAAGAUGAUCCCCAGAAAGUUUCAAGAAAUGAUAAGACAAUAGGUAGUAAUGUAGAGGAUGAGGUGAAUAAUGAAGAAGAAACAGAAGAUAAGGAUGAUGAAGUAGAGCUGGAAGAUGAAGAUUUCGAAGACGAAGAUCAGGUUGAAUGA